AUGUUCCAGAUGAAGUCGCUGGAAACGAAACAAAUUAUUGCGUUUGUUAAUUAUUUCAUGGUGAGAAAUGUUCAAAUGCUGCAAAGUUUUGUAUCUAAUGUUGAGCGAAAAAUUAUCGACAUGGAAAAGCGUUUGAGUCGAGUGCAAGUGGAAUUGAAACUUUUGGAACUUAAAUUAGACAGUGUGCCAGGUUUACAGAAUAUAGUUCCGAAAGCUAUUGAGUUGUCUGUGAAACAGCAUGACGAUCAACUGCUUAAAAGGAUUACAACGGAAGAUACUAUAGAGGAUGAAACGGUUGGGAAUGCGAAAGUGGUUGAUUCAGAAUUAUUAGUUGAUUCGAGUUCUAUCACCACUGUUGAAAGACCACAUGAAUCGAAAGUGCCUUCUACCAAACAAAAACAUUAUCUUCUCAUUCGAGAUGAUCCUCGUUAUGCUAUUUAUUUUAAAAUGCUUAAAAUGGGGGUACCUGAAUGUGCGGUGAAACAAAAGAUGGUAAGUCAGGGAGUCGAUACAGCACUUCUCCAAACACCAAACGCACCGUCUGAUUUGCAUGAAGAUGCGGCAGCUAGCGUUGAGAACAAUGAAUUAUCAAGUAUCGAUGACGACGAUCACAAUUCCAUAUCUUCCAGUGAUUAUUAA